GAGCGCGCGCUACCAAGUUAAGUCCGGUUCAGCAGGAAAGGCGAUGGCACGACGAAACGACGAAACCGUGGCUCUCGCUACUUCUGAAGCGUCUACAAAUCACAUCGAACCACCACCGUCGUACACUGAAAUUAAUCCAAACGCUCAAAACAGCAAUCCAGUCCGCCUAAUGGCGACUACUAACGCCGGUCCGCAAGCCGCUAGACCUACUGGGGCCCCCGGUGCUCACCCACUCUCUCAAAAUGCCGUCACUGCUCAACCGCGUCGCGUCGUCUUCAACGAGGCGUCGAUGUCGGUGCUUCAGCACAUGCGGAAUUGUAAUCCGCAAGCUGCGCAGCAGCUCAACAGCUUGGUCGGCAACAUUGCCACCAAUCUCGAGAACCGAACGGCUUAUGACGUCAGCUUCAUGCCCAAUGAGUUGGAUUACGAGUAUCUGCUCUCGUCUUUGCUACUUCCGGGCGAGCGUGUCGUGACGGAAACGGCCGCUCAGAUUGAGCAUGCGCAGGUGAUUAUACGAGAUGAUCAGGAGCAGGUGAAGUAUAGUCUCCCUAGGGGUCGCACUGUGCUGACUAACAAGAGGCUCAUUUUUGUGUCGAGUUCUGCUGAUCGAGAGUCAACGCUGUCAGCAGACAGGAAAGUCGGAUCUCUAAGUUUGUACAAGUUGUCGUCGGAAGCAAAAAACUCUAUCUGCUUCUUUCCCAUCAUGACCAGUUCUGUGAAAUGGGCGAUGCUGUCAUCCACGGCAACGAGCAAGUGGAGCAGCUCGAUUAAGGGUCUCCUCAGCUGCUCUGCAUUGUGUGGCAAGUCUGAAGAGGUGACCUCAUGGAAUUACGAUCAACCGUUGAAUUUUGUUCGGAAUAUUCGAAUCGUUCGCUUGGGGGUGAUCAUGCCUCCGUUUGAUAAACCAAUGGUGGCCGACGUUAUGUUGGUCUCCGGCUACUCCAUUCGUGUAGCAGCAGACUUUGUGUCCAAGAUUCAAUCUGCUGUCACUGCCACUGAGCCGGAAAACCGACCCGAACAGUAGAUGUCUGUGGUCAAUACUGAGCUGAGAUUUUAGGGUUAGUUUUGAAGGAUAGUUUUGUCUUUGUGUCUGGAUUAAUUAGAGAAUAGAAUGCAAUGUAUUAGUUAGGGUGUUGUAAAUUUGUUAGGCCAACGUGAUAAUCACGUGAUAGUAAUAAGUUGUGAUGACUUGCUGGAAUGUGAAACCGGUUUGUUUGAAGAAAUCAUUUGAUUAAUUAGAUAUUUUUAUCUAACGUGCUA